AUGUUCCGAAUAUCUGUUUUCUGCAUUUGGAUUUUAUUACGAUUCGGGAGUCCGAUAGAUUAUAAAGUGUCAGUUUUAAUUGUGGCUGAGCCAAAUCAAGACACAUUUGAAGAGUUGAAAGUUUCUGUUACGGUGGGUAAAUACCUAAAAAAUGGAAAAAUGAUCAAAAAGCGGACUCAGAAUGCAUUUGUGGAAGUGUUUGGAAAAACUUCAUAUCAUUUGGGAAAUCAUACAAUUACAGCGGCAUUUGUAGAUGCAAAAAGUGGAGAAAACCGACUGGAGCUAACACAAGAUAUCGUGUGUAGUCAGAUGUUGAAUUCCUCAUUGGCUUCAGUGAUAUUCUCUCCGUCACUGACAUCUUCAGCACGAUAUAUUGAUUUAGUCACAUCUUCUGCUUACACUCUUUCAUUUUAUAAACUUCCAGUAAUAGGAGUAAUGGUUAGAGAUGCCGAGUUUAGUAAGAAGAACAUCUAUCCGACGUUCGUCCGUCCGACAGCUCCACUUUCUGAUGAAGCGUUCGUGUUUCUGCACAUGUUGUUGAGACUGCAGUAUCGUCAAGUAGUUGUUGUAAUUGUGAAACGAGAUAUUAAUGCGGAUCAGUUUGUUGCUGAAUUUGAAAGAAGAAGAGUUGAAUUCAAAAUUAUUAUUGCAUCUGAAACUAUUUUUCAGGUUCAACGAUACAUUGAGGUAGAACUUAAUGAGAACCUGAAUGACACUUUGGCUGAAAGUUUUGAAGAAGUCACUUCAAAUAUCAUUUUGCUAUUUGCAAAAAAAGACGACGCCGUGCGAAUAUUUGCAAACGGAGGUGAUCUAACUGGAAAAGGGAAAGUUUGGAUAGUAAGUGAAAGUGCUGGCGAAGCCCAUAAUGUUCCGAAUGGAUCUCUCGGAUGUCGUCUUGGACAAACUGCUCUUUCCGUCUUGAGAGAUUCGUUUUCAAUUUUGAAAUCUGCAAUGGAAACUAUAUUUCGAGAAUCUAACAUCGACAUUUUUCCCCCAGUUGAAUGUGAUAGAGACAGUGUGGACGCUGAAUGGAAUUCCAUCCAAGCUCCAGCACUUCUGAAUGAAAUCUGUGGAACAUCGACUAGUCGAGUACAUUUCAACGAUAGAUGUGAGAGAAUUGGAGUGGAAUACGAUAUUAUCAAUUUUCAUAUGGAGAGGAGACAAGUUGGAAAUAUGAUCGGUGAUCUGCUCCGUUUGGAUGAGGAAUCAAUUGAAUGGGCUGGAGGAGCAAAACCUCUCGAAAUUUCUCUCCCUAAACAUCUUCGAGUGGUUACUGUAGCUGAUCCUCCGUUUGUUUAUACAACUCCCGUAGGAUCACCAUCUCAAUGUGCAGAACUUGGGAGUACUGUAGUUGAAUGGUCGAAAUUUGACAAAAUUGUUGUGCCUGGUCCUUGGUAUUCGUGUCCGAUGACUUCUGCGAAUACCACUGAAUAUUUUUGCUGUGCUGGAUUAGCGAUAGAUCUUCUUUCGAAUUUAUCAUUACCUGAGGUACACAAUCUCAACAUUUUUAGAAAAAGAAAUUCUAAAAUUCAGGCGAAUAAUUCAAUUGACACAAGUUUCACAUUCUCUUUGCACCUUAAUGAGUCGUAUGGAGUCAUUCAGGCGGCUGAAACGACAGGAAUAACAAUUGGUGGAGUUAUUGGAGAACUUGAUGGAGACACAGCUGAUAUGGCGAUUGGUGGAAUAACCAUAAACCCGGAAAGAGAGAGAAUUGUAGAUUUUUCCGAGCCAUGGCUGUAUCAUGGAAUCAGAAUCCUAGAGAAAAAUAUUCCUCGUGAUUCUCCAAUGCAAUCAUUCCUCCAGCCACUUCAAUCUUCUCUAUGGACAGCUCUUUUUAUAUCCGUAAUACUUGUUGGUCUAGCUAUUUUCUUCUUGGAUUUCAAAUCACCAUUCGAAAGAUUUUACCAAGCUGACAGAGAAAUGGAUCAAGAUUUGAAGAAAGAAUUCGAGCUUUGGGUUGGGAAUGAUGUGGAUGAAAAUGUCAACUUUGGAGAGGCAAUGUGGUUUGUUUGGGGAGUUCUUCUGAAUUCUGGAGUAUCUGAAAAAACGCCAAGAAGUUGUUCUGCUCGAGUUCUAGGAAUCGUUUGGUGUGGAUUUUGUAUGAUUAUGGUUGCAUCGUAUACUGCGAACUUGGCAGCGUUUCUGGUGUUGGAUCAACCCGAAAAAGGAUUGACGGGAGUCACAGAUCCAAGACUUCGUAACCCAUCUGCCAACUUUUCGUUUGGUACUGUUCUCAAUUCGAAUGUGUACCAGUAUUUCAAACGACAUGUCGAACUUUCCUCAAUGUUCAGAAAAAUGGAACCACACAAUGUGCAUAGAGCUUCGGAGGCAGUUCAUUCACUUUUGAAUGGAUCUCUAGAUGCAUUCAUUUGGGAUUCGACUCGCUUGGAAUUCGAAGCCGCCCGUCAUUGUGAGCUUAGAACACGUGGAAGUUUGUUUGGAAGAAGUGCAUACGGAAUUGGAUUACAGAAAAAUAGCCCAUGGACACCUCAUAUUACGUCUGCAAUUCUAAGAAUGUCUGAAAGUGGAGUAAUGGAAAAUUUGGACCAAAAAUGGAUCGAUCGAGGAGGACCGAACUGUGUCGUAGAAACUCAUAAGUCUCCAGCAAGACUUGGACUUGUUAAUAUGAAGGAUAUAUUCAUUUUGGUUUCAUCUGGAGUGGCUCUUGGAAUAUUUUUCAGUUUUGUGGAGGUUUCGUACGGAAGGUGGCUAGCUAACAAAGGACGACGUCGAAUAAUUGUUCACCGUUACUUCCACAAAUGGCAUGAGCUAACAUUUGGAAAAAAAAGAAGGACAUAUCGAUUGAAAUAUAAUUUGGAUCGAUUGAUAAUAAGGAGAGGAUUUUCUGGAUUAGAAAGAGGCACAUUCCAAGAAAUGAGGGAAAGACGACAGAUCAGAGGACUACCGACAUCAAGAAUUGAUCAAUAUUGUUUUUGGCCUGAUUUGGAUUUCAGGGAUAAACCAGUGGUUCUAUUCUGUUCUCGAUGCAGAAAUAUCGUCGAGUCAGAUGUCCAUCGCGAGACGGGUCUUUUCGCAUUCCUUUCCUGUUUUCUCUUCGCAAUCAUUUUCCUUUGGCCCUGUUCCCCACUUCCCUGCUUUUUAAGUUCUUUCAGUGAUUUUGUUCAUAUUUGUCCACUCUGUUCUCAUACGAUGGGAAGGUUUCGACGAGCUAGAUCAACUAGAUUUUAUGUCUAA